UACAUCAUUUUGAAUCGUGUGAUUAAAAAGUGUAGUGGUUAAAAUCAGUUCUCGUAGUUCCUGUCCGACUUUUCAAGUGCGCAAACCGUUCAAAUCCCACUGCGGAAACAUUUUUGGUCCUUCGAACCGGAUUAAGUGAUCGUAAAGUGCUUUGUGAUACUGUGAAAAACUCGGACAUCAAUCGGACAUCAGUGGUCAGUGCAAUAAUUGACUCUGGACUGGACUCGCUGGCCCAUACGCAAAGUGAAAUUCUAACGCUCGUUGCUGCAAGUGAACAGAAGACUGAAGUAGAAUAAUUACAGUGCGCGAAAGAUCGAAUGUUGUUCGACUUCGAUCUCCGAUUAGUGUCGUUGGCGUGUUAUCGGCUGCUUUCAGAGGAGAGCCAACUCAUCCGCAGUUAGAGUGUUCUUCAUCAGGCGAGAGUGGCACGACGGCUUGGCUUGGGUCAUUGGUCGAUCAAAAGCAGCAAAUUUCUACACUGUGGCUGGCAUUGUGAGUACCCGUAUGUUCAAACACUAUUCUUAUCGAGAACACUACUAGCUUCGAUUGGCUUGUUUGCUUUCAUCCUGAUUGAGUUGUUGGUUGGUAGCUUGGGCUCUGGUUCGCUUAUUGCUUAGUGGUAAUUUCUGGUGAACGUAGGUGAGGAGUUGAGUAGAUUUCGUAAACGGUUGCAGAUUCGUGAAAAAUGGCACCGAAUUUGAGAGAACUUACUCGUCAAGAACAUUUUUAUCUCGACACCAUGGAAAAUCUAAAAGAUUUUAUGGAAAACUUCGAAGCUGAUCGCGACAGUGAACAACUUGAGGGAUGGAAGCAACAAGCUGAGACAUUAUAUACUAAAUUUCAGGCGAAUCGGUUGAAAAUUGAAAUGUGUAUAGAUGUAGCCGAUAGGUCUGAAAAAGAUGUGAAGGAUGCAGAAACAACAAGUGUCGUAGAAGAAACAAAUCGUCUUGCUCGACGUGCCUUUGAAAAAGAUUAUGUGCGAGUGGUUAGCUUUCUGAAGAGAGAAAUAAAAAGGUUACAAAUAAAUUUCCCUACCACUUCUAUUGGUAGUACAACUUCAACAGACCACUCUUUUUCGCGCAUUAAGCUUCCCGAAGUUAAACUACCAACCUUUGACGGAUGUGUUUCAGAAUGGAUAACCUUCCGGGACACUUUUAAAUCACUCAUAGACUCGAAUCCCCAACUGUCGCCAAUAGACAAACUGUCGUAUCUCGUUGCAUCUCUUUCUAAAGAUGCCAGGAAAGUUAUCGAAUCCGUCGAACACACAGCCGCAAAUUAUACUGUUGCUUGGGCACUGCUGGAAAAGCGAUUCGACAAUAAAAAGUUGAUUGUAAAAACCUAUAUUGAUAGUCUUUUUUCGAUUGAACCAAUAAAAAAGGAAUGUUACGAAUCACUAAUGCAUUUAGUUGACGAUUUCGAGCGGAAUCUGUGCAUGAUCGAGAAGUUAGGCAUUCCAACGGACGGUUGGAGUGUGUUGCUGGCACAUAUGAUUUGUAGUCGCCUAGAUGCGUCGACGUUGAAGCAAUGGGAAAUUCAACACAAAUCCACGGAAGUUCCCAAAUACAAUGAUAUUAUAACAUUCCUUCGCACACAGCUUACAGUGUUACAAUCUUUGACAUUGUCGAAGUCACGUUCGGUCGAUCCAGUCAGAUUCGAUUCAAAUAGAUCACAGAAAUCUAAGAUAAAUACAGUCCACACAACUACCAAUACCACAUCAUCACCUGGCUCAUGCCCCUUUUGUUUGAAAUCACCGCAUUCGCCAUUCAAGUGCGAAUCAUUCCAGAAAUUGUCGGUAGCCCAACGCUUCGAACAGGUGAAAAAGAAAAAUCUGUGCAUCAACUGUUUUUCCUCCUCCCACCUACUCAGAAAUUGUUCUUCUGGUUCUUGCAGAGUAUGCAACCAAAAGCAUCACACUAUGCUCCACCACCCAUCGCAAGAUCGCUUGUCCACUCAAUCGAAACCAAACACCACUGCUGUUUUGCCCACUUCGCCAUCGCAUCAAAUUGAUCAGUCCAACCUAUCAAACCAACCGUCACAACCACGGUUAUCAUCGUCGACAGAAUCUCAAUUGCCUUCAACCUCGGCCCAAACUAGCCUCGUGUCCACCACUCUCGUUGGUAGCAGUCAAAGAAUGCCUGCUACAGUUCUGCUGCAAACCGCAAUCAUCAAGGUUUUCGGUUCUGGUGGAGACGCCCUGUGGGCCAGGGCACUGUUGGAUCCUGCGUCGCAGUUGUGCUUAAUUACUGAAAACAUGGUCCAGAAAUUAAAGCUUCGUCGCUAUCCAAAUCGCCAAGAAAUUGGUGGAGUUGGAAACACUCUCGUCGUGUCGUAUCAUGCUGUUGACGUUCGGAUAGGAUCUCGUUGUACGAAAUUUACGGUUGAGGAAUCUUGUCAAAUAUUGAAGAAAAUCACUCGUGAGCUUCCAGUGAACCCUGUUGAUUCGUCAACUUGGAAUAUUCCAUCCGAAGUCAUACUGGCUGAUCCAAAGUUCUAUGCGCCAGGGCCAAUAGAUUUGCUUCUGGGAAUGGAACUAUAUUUCGAUCUUCUUCUUGAAGGAUUAAUAAAACUGGGCCCUGAGAAGCCAGUUCUUCAAAAUACUGUUUUCGGAUGGGUAGCAUCCGGAAAAAUAGGAGCUCACCACCCUCGUACCCAACACAAGUUAGCUCACGUGUGCAGCGCAGAAUCAGUCGAUGAUCCAAUUUCUCGCUUCUGGGAAAUAGAAUCUUGUUGGUCCAAUAGUAUACGAUCCCCAGAUGAAACUUUCUGCGAGCAUUUUGUUGCUAACACCUUUCGUGACGAAUCUGGAAGAUUUGUCGUUACCUUACCGAAACGCCCAGAUAUAUUGUCUCAACUCGGGAGUUCCGAGGAAAUAGCCACUCGAAGGUUCCUUGCCCUUGAACGCAGACUUGAUGCGAACCUCCCACUCAAAGAAGCGUACACUUCAUUUGUUGCUGAAUAUUUGCAACUCAAUCACAUGCGUGAGAUCGACGACACGGAUAACACAUUUCCGUCUUACUACUUACCUCAUCAUGGAGUAGAGAAGGUGGAUAGUACAACCACCAAAUUACGGGUGGUCUUUGACGCCUCUUGUCGAACGGACAGCGGAUUUUCGCUGAAUCAGGCGUUAAUAGUGGGACCGGUUCUACAGGAUGACAUUCUAGACAUUUCGCUUCGCUUCAGAAUUCAUCAGUUUGCUAUUAUUACGGAUGCUGAAAAGAUGUAUCGGCAGAUCCGCCUCCACCCUGACGAUUUUCCACUGCAUCAGAUUCGCUGGUGGUCCUCUUCCUCGGAACCGCUGAAAACGUUUGAACUAACCACAGUCACCUACGGUACUGCCUCGACGCCAUACUUGGCUACAAGAUGUCUCCUUGAGUUGUCGAAACAGGGAGCUAAUGAAUUUCCUCUAGCCGCGAAAGUCCCGUCGAAGGAUUUUUACAUGAAUGACAUGCUUACCGGUGUCGAUGAUGAAGAAGACGGAAAAUACUUGUGCAGGCAACUGCGAAGCCUGUUACAAUCUGCAGGUUUAGCCGUGCGCUUACUAACCGCCAAAUCUAAGGUGGCCCCUCUCGGUGAUUCGAAGAAACAAAAACGCAUCUGCCUACCGAGGUUGGAACUCUCAUCUGCCCUUCUGUUGCGCCAUCUGUACCAUAAAGUUCAAGCCAGUACAACGCUGAAUGUCAAGACUAUCUUCUGGACAGACUCGAUGAUCACUCUACAUUGGCUUCGAUCGACACCAUCUAGAUGGAAAACCUUCAUCGCAAACCGUGUUUCUGAAGUGCAGAAUCUCACACAAAGCGGUAUUUGGGCGCACGUUCCAGGCAUCGAAAAUCCUGCAGACAUAAUUUCCCGUGGUAUGCGGCCAGCACAAUUGCAAGAAACCGCAUCCUGGUGGAAUGGUCCACCCUGGCUCAGCCAACCAUCGCGUUUUUGGCCACCUCUAAUUCCACCAACUUCCGUCGAAUUGCCGUCAGAAAUGCUGGAAGAAAGGACAGUUUCUCUGCCAGUGCGGGUGCACCCUCCGAAUGAAAUCUUUUUCUUACGAUCGUCGUUUCAGGCGCUUGUUCGUCUCAUUGCAUUUCUUCGUCGCUUCAUUCAUAACAGCAAACUUAUCAAUCGCUCAAAUCGACGAUAUGGUUUCCCACAAGCUUCAGAACUUGCGCAAGCCUCCAACAACCUAGUUCGACUGGCACAACUCGAGUCUUUCAGCAAGGAUAUCGCUGCUGUGGCUAAAAAUGGCCAGGUUGACUCACACUCUGAUCUACGAACACUUGCACCAAUUCUCAUCAACGGCAUUCUAAGACUUCGUGGCCGACUCAGGCAUGCGGCCAUAUCCAAAGAUAGUAAACAUCCGAUAAUCCUACCUGCACGACAUCCACUAACUACGUCUAUUGUGACUUACUAUCACCUGAAAAAUCUUCACGCCGGUCCUCAGCUGCUUGUAGCAUGUGUCCGGGAAAAAUUCUGGCCACUUCGCAUUCGAAAUUUAGCACGAAGCGUAGUGCACUCAUGUGUGAACUGUUUUCGCUGUCGUCCUCGUACCCUCGAUCAGAUCAUGGGAGAUCUGCCUUCAGAACGAGUUACUCCAACGUUACCCUUCCUCAAUACUGGAGUGGAUCUUUGUGGACCGUUCCAGUAUCGCAAAGCCAGCAGGGCUCCACCAAUAAAAUGCUACGUAGCCAUCUUUGUUUGCCUUGUCACCAAGGCAGUUCAUGUGGAGCUAGUCUACGAUCUCUCCACUCAAGCGUUCAUAGCAGCGCUACAUCGAUUUGUCGCCCGAAGAGGAAAACCGAACCUCAUAGAAUGCGACAAUGCCAAGAACUUCAAGGGUGCUGUGAGGGAACUAAAACAAUUAGCCAAGCAGUUUCGUUCUCAACAACAUCAAAGCGAAAUAGUCAACCGUUGUGCUGAUGACGGGAUAACCAUUAAAUUCAUUCCGCCACGCAGCCCAAACUUCGGUGGGCUAUGGGAAGCAGCGGUGAAGUCCUUCAAGCAGCACUUCCGUCGAACCGUAGGAAACUCGAUCCUAUCCCUGGACGAAUUCGUCACCCUGCUGGCCCGCAUCGAAGCCUGCUUGAAUUCUCGACCGCUGACUCCACUUACGGCUGAUGUCAAUGACUUGGAAGUUUUGACACCAGGUCAUUUCCUCGUCCAUCGUCCUCUCACUUGCUUCCCGGAACCCAAUCUGUCUGAUGUACCCCAAAACAGACUCGAUCGUUGGCAACGAAAUCAAGAGCUUCUUCGGCGGUUGUGGAAACGCUGGACGAUCGAUUACCUGUCUGGUAUUCAUCCACGUACCAAGUGGACUCGCAUACGAGACAACGUCGCCAUAGGAACGAUGGUCCUUCUUAAGGACGAUAAUCUGCCGCCUCUUAAAUGGAGAUACGGAAGAGUCAGCAAAAUAUACCAUGGAGACGAUGGAAAUAUCCGUGUUGUAGACGUCCGAACAGCAGAAGAAGAGUACCAACGAGGUAUCACAAAGAUAUGUGUGCUGCCUAUCCAACAAACAGCUGGGCCUACUGAAGUACCCGGCCUCUGCUCAGAUGACCACUAGGUUCUUCCAUCGCAGUACUCAGUACUGCGCAACGAACGGAGGCCUUUGAGCCUCCGUACCCUUACGCCCAACCCCGAUGACAACAAAGUGAACCCUGGAUCCCGAAAACUGCAUUUCCGUCGCUUCAAGAAGGUCACCACAACCAUGGAAUAUAGGAAAGCAGCCGAAACGAACAAAACUCGUCAGAGUCCGAUGGCCCAACCAUGAUGUGGGGAUAAUACCAGACGGAUAACAGUCUCCGGAGGAUAAGGAAGCAUCAUCAUCCCAUCAUCCCACUUGUCGCAGAUAUGUCGGUUGAAAGGUGUAUCCUUUCAACAGGGGCCGGCAUAUGUUGGAGCAACCCUAGAAUAUUAAGAGUUUUCGCAACGAAACUUUCAUGAUCAAAAAACCCUACAACAGUAAUGAACUUAUAUGUAGUCAUCUCACUAGAAUCAGCUUGCAUCUGCUAUAAUUAAGCUUCAGAUAGGAGAGAAACUGAUCUCGAUAGAGAGACAGGAAUCAAUUGAGAUGAAUCUCUAUUUGCACUUAA